ACACACACUUCUAGAACACCCUGUACAUGUGUGUACCUGUGUGUACAUCUGUGUAUACACAGAUACAUGUAUGCUAGAACUUUCAAACACUGUAUAUAUACACGUGUGUACACUAAGACUUUUGGAGCACUCUGCACAUUUGUGUACAUACUUCCAUAUGCAUAGAGACACACAGACCUAUAUACAAGUACACUAAGAACACACUGUACAUACAUAUGUAUGAUAUACAUGUACACUAAGAUUUUAACACCCUGUAGAUGUGUAUAUAUGCAAAUACAAGCAUAUAUGCAUGCACGUACAUAUGUGCACACCUACAUAUGCAAUACACACAUACAUGCAAUUACACUUUUAGAAUAGCCCCUACAUGUGUGUACAUAUACACACACACAUACACCAGGGUUUUUUAACAAUCCUCGCAUGUGUACAUAUAUAAAAGUACACUAAGACUUUUAAACACCCUGUAUGUGUAUACAUGUGCAUGUACCUAUACACACUGAUUUUUCAAAAACCCUAACAUGUGUACAUAUACACAAUGCAGUAGAGUAUAACUUUUAGCAUACCAACACAUACAUAUAUAUACAUAUACACCUAUCCAAGUAAAUGAAUUUUCAGAACACCUGUACAUACAUAUAUACAUACGAAAGUAAAUAACUUUUGGAAUACUCGUAACAUAUGUGUUCACUAAGCCUUUUAGAGCACCCCUUACGGGUGUGUACACAUACACAUAUACAGGUACACUAAGACUUUUGGGACACCCCAGAGCACUGCAAACUUUAAAACACCAUAUAUGUUAGCAAUUUUUAUUGCUUUAAGAAGCUCUCUCAAUGAGCACCGUGAGGUGAUGCCCAGGUAACAAGGAGGCAGGGCAGAGGGGGCGGGGCGUCCCGGUCCGGCGGCGGUCACGCUCCAUUCCAAUUCUGGCAUCCUGAGGUGGGGGUGGGAGUGGACAUCCGGGUCCCGGGGAAGGAUAAGGUCAGGACGCCGCAGGCUGACUCAGAAGCCUCACCAGCGUCCCCUUAGACGCCGGGACUGGGUGGCCGCAGGGCGAACGAGCUCAGGCAGAUCAUUCACCAGAGACAGCCUGAAUACGAAAUCGCCAACUGGACUGAUACCAUCUCUUGUAGCCAUGAAUAUUUUUCUUAGAAUACAGUGCUCCAAGUUGCUGAGGAUCCCUAAGGUGUCUGUGAGAGCAUUCCACAAAGAUUACAGAGUACCAGCACCUCAGAACUUUUCAGACUAUGAAUCUGUUAAACAAAAUUUCAAAAUAGAGGUACCGCAGUAUUUCAACUUUGCCAAAGAUGUUCUGGAUCAUUGGGCCAAGAUGGAGAAGAUUGGAAAGAGACCAUCAAGCCCAGCCUUCUGGUGGAUAAAUGAUAAUGGAGAGGAAGUGAAAUGGAACUUUCAGGAGCUGGGAUUGUUGUCUAAAAAACUGGCCAAUGUCCUUAAUGAAUUCUGUGGUCUGAAAAAGGGAGACAGAGUAAUUGUAAUUUUGCCUACAAUUCCAGAAUGGUGGCUAACAAAUGUGGCAUGUCUACGGACAGGCACAGUCUUAAUUCCUGGAACCAUCCAGAUGACUGAAAAUGACCUGUUGUAUAGGCUGCAAACUUCCAAGGCAAAGUGUAUUAUUACCAAUGACACUUUUGCUAGGACUGUGGAUUCCAUCGCCCAUAAGUGUCCAGUUCUGAAGUACAAGUUAAUUGUUUCUGAGAAGCCUAAGGAGGGAUGGGGAAACCUCAGAGAAAUGAUGAAACAUGCAAGUGCUGACCACAUCUGUGAGAAGACCAGACAUGAUGAAACAAUGACCAUCUACUUUACUAGUGGCACCACUGGCUCUCCUAAAAUGACAGCGCAUACACACAGCAGUUAUGGUUUAGGAUUAUCAAUAAAUGGAAGGUACUGGCUAGAUUUGACACCUUCCGACAUAAUAUGGAAUACAUCAGACACAGGCUGGGCAAAAUCGGCUUGGAGUAGUAUUUUUUCUCCGUGGAGUUUAGGAGCUUGUGUGUUUGUACGCUACAUGCCACGUUUUGAUCCAGCCUCCAUCUUAAAAACCCUGUCCAGUUUUCCCAUUACAGUCUUCUGUUCAGCUCCAACUGCCUAUCGGAUGCUUGUGCUAAAAUGGGAGUCCAGUUAUAAGUUCAAAAAUCUAAAGCAUUGUGUGACUGCAGGAGAGCCAAUCAACCCUGAAGUGUCUGAACAGUGGAAAAACAAGACAGGGCUGGACAUCUAUGAAGGAUAUGGACAGACAGAAACGGUGCUAAUCUGUGGAACUUUCAAAGGAAUGAAGAUUAAAAGUGGUUGCAUGGGAAAGCCUUCUCCAGCUUUUGAUGUGAAGAUUAUAGAUGAAAAUGGCAGCAUCCUACCCCCUAAACAAGAAGGAACUAUUGGCAUCCGAGUCCUACCUAACCGACCACUUGGUUUAUUUGCUGGUUAUGUUGAUGAGCCUCUCAGAACAGCAUCUGCGUUCCGUGGGGAUUUCUACGUUACUGGUGACAGAGGGUAUAUGGAUGAAGAUGGAUAUAUCUGGUUUAUUGGAAGAGCAGAUGAUAUUAUCUUAUCCUCUGGAUAUCGAAUUGGUCCUUUUGAAGUAGAAAGUGCUCUGGUUGAGCACCCAGCAGUCCUGGAGUCAGCAGUGGUCAGCAGUCCAGACCAGAUCAGAGGAGAGGUAGUAAAGGCCUUUGUGGUUCUCAAGCCUGAUUAUAAGUCAUGUGAUCCAGAAAAAAUGAAAAAGGAGCUUCAGGAACAUGUCAAAAGAACUACAGCACCCUACAAAUAUCCCAGAAAGGUGGAGUUUGUCCACGAGUUGCCAAAGACCAUCAGUGGGAAGAUAAAAAGAAAUGAAUUGCGGAAGAAAGAAUGGGGGAAAGUCUAGUUUUAUUUGAUUACAUAAUACCAUAACACCUGUAAAACCCAGAUAUUUUCUGAAACUUAAACCCUGAAGAUGAAAUAAUGAAAUAAGAUGCUCAUAGAUUCAUGGUUUUAUAAACAUCUUGUGGUAGCAAUGUUAUAUAGUAGAAUUCUCAAGUAAAAUAACAUAUUCUUUAAUUGCUCGGUGAUUUGUCGGUGUGUCAACAAGCAUCUGUAAAAAGUUAUGUGCUAAACACUGUGCUGAGAAUCCUGUGACCAAAGCUGACUCAUGUUCCACAGGUUGGAAGUAGUGAUGCCGUGGGCAAUCCCUUCCCCAAAACAAGCCUGAAAAAGUUAUGGAAGUUGUAGAGGUGGGUCAGGGCAGUGGCCUCCACAGGUGUGUUACCUGGGGCCUGGCAAGUGCCAUUGUUAUUCUCUACUUCCAUGGGACAACUGGCUAGUUCCACUAGUUGCUAUAUUAUUGGGUUUUUUGUUUUGGGGUUUUUUUUUGCGGGGCAAUGGGGGGUUAAGUGACUUGCCCAGGGUCACACAGCUAGUAAGUGUCAAGUGUCUGAGGCCGGAUUUGAACUCAGGACUCCUGAAUCCAGGGACGGUGCUCUAUCCACUGCACCACCUAGCUGCCCCAGUUGUCAUAUUAUUGGAAAGAUUAUAGUUGUAUAAAAAUUUUGUUUAAAUUUAAAUUUUAAAAAACUUUU